AUAAAUAUAAGCGUGUAAAAAUUUUUAGUGACAGUUCGCGUAUAGCGUUAAGGCGCUUAGAUUUCUAUCUCGUUGAGCGGGAAGUGAAAUAGAAGCCAGGACGGACAGGUUCAAAUUUUCAAAGUGAGAGUGAGUGUGGAAUUUUCUAAAGGAAGUUAAGGAUUCCAGACGCUAAAUAGACUCCCACAACAGGAUAUAAAGUGAAAUUGUAAAAACAAGAGAAUAUAUAAAUAUAUAUAAUUCCAGAAGAAACAAAUUUAACUUAUGAUAUUAAAAACGUUUCGAAAGGACUUUACAACUAGUUCUAAGAUAACAUAAUCGAAUUACGAAUAUCAUUGAAUUACUUAAAAUAAAUUAACAAAAAAUAAAAUUGUCAAAAUGUUACAAGUGAAGCUUUAUCAAGUGCUGGUGCUAUUCACACUACUUUGCUGCGUAUGUACCACAGUGAAAAAAGUGGGUCCUAACAGCGACCAAUACGAACUAAUGCAGCGUUCGUCAAUACUUUUCGGCCUGACAGUCAUCAGUCGUUCGAAUAUGGUGAGCCACAACUGCUAUACGCAACUCCAGGAAGUACAGAAGGCUAUACUAAUGCAACUGCCCUGGGCCAUGAAGAUGUAUGAUUCGUCCGGAUUUAAAGAGCCUGGAUUCAUAAUGGGCAAUGGCCUCUGGAUAGGCAGUCGUGACACCUGUAAUGCUGUAAAAACACCCACACAAUAUAGGAAGGGAGAAUUAAUGUAUGAUUCGUCCGGUUUUAAAGAGCCUCAAAUGGAUCCAGUAUAUCUGUUCUAUGAACCGCGAAUAAGUAUUGGUCUAUGUUUGCCAAGCGCUUGUACAAUAGCCGAGAUCGGUCAACUAAUGGACACCUACGUGAAGGAUGAUCUAUUUGUGUCGAAUGAUAUUUAUGAUAUGCGAAUGCGUGUUGAAAGUGUGAAGGAUUUAAAAUUACGUGCAGGCUUUUUUACAAGGCCUUCGACGAUGAUUUUUAUCGGUUUCUGUUUACUGACAUUGCUGCUGACAUUUCUAGCUUUGGGGCAACGUAUAAAGCGUAAUAGCGAAACGGUUGAGGUGGUUGCAAAUGGAACGAAGUCAACGAACGAUGAUUUAAAAACGAUGAGUCAAACUAGUACGAAAUUUUCUUAUAAUAGAUUUAUUGAAUGUUUUGAUGUUCAGAACAAUUGGGAAUUACUUUUCCCCUCGGACCCGUCUGCUGCUCUAGCUGACACAAACGCUUUUCCGGCGGUGAAUGGUUUACGGUUUUAUGGUGCAAUGGUCGUGAUGUUAUUCCAUCUACAGUGCUGCAGUUACUUGGAAUCAAGUAAUAAAUCAGUGCAUUACAAAUUAAUGAUUGAUAUUGGAAAUUUCGACAUUUUCGUGGAUUUGUUUUUUACAAUGAGUGGCUUCCUGCAAACAUACCACUUUUUUCGAAACACCAAAACUAUUAAAACUAUGCGGAAAAGUAAUAUAAUAAAGAAUGCGAAAGCGUUACUUAUGUACACUAUGUAUCGUUUGAUUAGAUUGGGUCCUUUGUACUUCCUUGUCAUCUGCUUUGCCGAUGCUGGAUCGCUUCUGAUGGACGAUACAUCGGUUUUCCACUUUAGCCAUCGUAUAUACGCUAAUUGCGAGUUAUAUUGGUGGCGCAGUGCACUCUUCAUACAAAAUUUCUUCAACCACGACGAUUUGUGUUUGUUUUGGACAUGGUCAUCAGCUUGUGAUAUGCAAUUUUUUAUAUUUAGUACAAUUCUACUUUUUAUCUAUGUGAAACAUCCCAAAACGGCCAAAGCUCUCACUCUCGGCACUGUAGUGGCCAAUUUGGUCUAUACUAUCUAUACCGGCAUCACAAUGAAUUAUAAGUAUUCCUUUGAGACCACAUCGGUGUUAUUCACGGAGCUCUAUAUGAAUCCGCUGUCACGUGUUCUGGCCUACUUAAUUGGCGGGGUGGCUGGCUGGUUUUUCGUACAAAACCAACAGAAGCAACUCUACGCGAAUUUCUUUCAAAAUCAGUCUUUGCAAGAGUUUCUCGGCUAUUCGGCGAUCAUUUGCUUUUUUACUAACAAUGUCGCCAAAAUCUCAGAAGGUUACUCAGUGGGUUUCUAUGUGGUAUUGUUGAUCGUUCAACGUGUGUUAUAUGCGUCAAGUAUAUGUUUUCUGAUAUUCGCAAAUGCAGCGGGUAGUGUAAAGUGGUUCUUUGGCAUAUUGGAGAAUACACUAUUCAAGAAAUUCAAUCAAAUAACAUAUGCUAUGUUCCUCCUACAUCCAGUACUCAUGAUCCCGCUGAUAAGCUCGAAUAAUAAAAGUCGCUAUAGCAGUUCUUAUAAUUUAGUAAUGGAAUACAUUAGUAUUUGCGCGUUACUGUUCUUCUUCUCCACAAUUUUCUCAUUAUUUUUCGAAGUACCCUAUAAGAAUAUUUCCAAAAUGUUGGCUCAGCGCACUAAGCCCAAGACGAACUAAGCGCAGUUUACUAGUGUGAGUUUCGAUGAAAUUAAAUCUAAGAACGCAGUGGCUUUUAUUGUAACAAUGAAAGCAUAUUGGCAUGCAAAAAUUAUAUAACGAUAUAUUUAAUAUCUAUAUAGCGAUAUAUUUAUGAUUAGUUAUAAUAAACGUAUCACUUUAUCGUUGUUUUAGCAUCUUACAAUAAAUAAUGGCA